UUUUAGGAGCAGCUGGCCAAGAUGUCCGUCAAAAAGGAAGGGGCCCACAAGAAAUGGGUCGCUCUGAAGGAGAAGCUGGGGCCCCAGGACUCGGAUCAGACAGAGGCCAACCUGGAAAACGCCGAGCCGGAGCUCUGCAUCCGCCUCCUGCAGAUCCCUUCCGUGGUGAACUAUUCCGGUCUCAAGAAGAGGCUGGAGAGCAGCAAUGACAACUGGAUGGUCCAGUUUCUGGAGCUCUGCGGACUGGACCUUCUGCUGGAAGCCCUGGACAGGCUGUCCGGGAGGGGCGUCUCCAAGAUCUCCGACGCUCUGCUGCAGCUGACAUGCAUUAACUGCGUGCGGGCUGUCAUGAACUCUCAGCAAGGCAUCGAGUACAUUGUGAGCAACGAGGGCUACGUCCGGAAACUCUCCCGAGCACUGGACACCUCCAACGUUAUGGUCAAGAAGCAAGUGUUCGAACUCCUGGCUGCCCUCUGCAUUUACUCGGUGGAUGGCCACGCCCUGGCUUUAGAUGCUCUGGAUCAUUACAAGACGGUGAAAAACCAGCAAUACCGAUUCAGUGUGAUCAUGAAUGAGCUGUUAGCUACAGACAACGUGCCCUACAUGAUAACGCUCCUAAGCGCCAUCAACGCGAUAAUACUGGGAACUGAGGAACUAAGAGCCAGGACGCAGCUGCGGAACGAGUUCAUAGGUCUCCAGUUGUUGGACAUUUUGACCAAACUGCGAGACAUCGAGGACGAGGACUUGCUGAUCCAGUGUGAGACCUUUGAGGAGGCCAAGUCUGAGGAUGAAGAGGAAUUGCUAAGGAUAUGCGAUGGAAUUGACAUGAGCGAUCACCAAGCGGUUUUCUCCUCUCUGUUCAACAAAGUGAGCAGCUUCCCCGUCUCCGUCCAACUGCUGUCCAUCCUCCAGAGUCUCUUGCAUUUAGAACCCUCCCAUCGCUCCAGCAUGUUACUGUGGGAGUCCUUAGAAAUCCUCAUAAACAGAGCCAUCUUGCUGGCCAAUGACAUCCAAGACAACAGCGUAGAAGAAGUGAUGGAGAGACUGUUGUCCAUAAAGAAGCGCCCGAAGAAGCGUUCGGAGUCUAAAAAACUGGCCAACAAGGUCAACGAGAGCACACAGACCAACGAAGACGUGGGGGCGUUAUCAAAAGCCAGCCAGAACUGUCCUCCAGCCACUGGCCUUUCUGGGGUCUCAUCUGUUCCAGAGCCACCAAACGUGCCUGAGACCAUUACCUCGUUCGAGCUGCCCCUUUGCUCGGCACUGCCGGGGCAAAGCUGCCCUCCAUCAACUACCCAUCCCCCGCCACCCCCAGCUCCUCCGCUCCCCGGAAUGGCGGCCAUAUCAGUACCUCCACCACCGCCACCACCUCCUCUGCCUGGUGCCCUAGCAGUGCCAGCUCCCGCUCCUCCUCUGCUUGGUACACCGGGUGUCCCUCCACCUCCACCACCUCUCCCUGGUAUGGUGGGCAUCCCUCCGCCUCCUCCUCUUCCAGGAAUGCCACCUCCCCCUCCCCCUCUACCCGGCAUGGCAGGGAUCCCUCCACCUCCCCCACUGCCCGGGAUGCCGCCCCCACCUCCCCCUCUGCCUGGCAUGGCAGGGAUCCCUCCCCCGCCCCCGCUGCCCGGAAUGCCACCCCCACCUCCCCCUCUGCCUGGUAUAGGAGGAGUGCCACCUCCUCCCCCGCUGCCUGGCAUUGGAGGCAUUCCACCUCCCCCACCUCUAGGGGCCGACAUGGAGGAAAUGGUGGUGGCCCAGGUCAACUAUUCAGUCGGCUUUGCCCGGCCCUUCCACAAGAGGGUGAGGACUCCCACGCUUAGGAUGAAGAAGCUGAACUGGCAGAAGCUUCCCUCCAACGUGGUAAGAGAAGGUCAUUCCAUGUGGGCUUCAGCCACAACUAGCAUCGAGGAAGUGAUUGAACCGGAUUAUUCGAGCAUCGAACAACUGUUUUGCUUCCCGCAAACAAAGCCCAAGGAAAAAGAAGCAGCCCCGGUGAAGAUAGAACCCAAAGAGAUCACAUUUCUGGAUUCGAAGAAGAGCCUCAAUUUGAACAUCUUCUUGAAGCAAUUUAAGUGCAAAAACGAAGAGGUGGUUGAGAUGAUUCAGAAAGGAGACAGGGCGAAGUUUGACGUGGAGGUUCUGAAGCAGCUGCUGAAACUCCUACCGGAAAAGCACGAAAUCGAAAACUUGAAAUCCUUCAAAGAAGAAAAGGAGAAGUUAGCAAAUGCCGAUCAAUUCUAUCUCCUCCUCCUCGGGGUUCCAAGCUACCAGCUGCAGAUUGAGUGUAUGCUGAUGUGUGAGGAGACCACUGUCGUGCUGGAGAUGCUGCAGCCCAAAGCCGAAACCAUCGGGAGGGCGUGUGAAGAUCUCCUCCGAAGUCACCGGCUGCCAGUUUUCUGCCAGCUGAUCCUCAAAGUUGGAAACUUCUUGAACUACGGAAGUCACACAGGAGAUGCCGACGGCUUCAAAAUUGGCACCUUGCUCAAGUUAACUGAGACCAAAGCGAACCAAACCCGGAUUACUCUACUUCACCACAUUUUGGAGGAAGUGGAAAAAUCUCACACAGAUUUGCUGCAUCUUCCCAAAGAUCUUGAAUGUGUUUCAAAAGCCGCUGGAAUAAAUCUUGACGUGAUACGGUCUGAAUCCAGCUCCAAUUUAAAGAAACUGCUGGAACUUGAGAGAAAGUUGUCAUCGUCAACAGAUGAAGUGAAAGCCCAGUACGAAAAAGCCAUUCAGGAUAGCAUAAGCGCUAACCGGAAACUGGAGGAGGAGUUUGAAAAUAUUGAAAGGAAGAAGUUGGAGCUUGCCACUUACCUCUGUGAGGACCCAAACAAAUUGUCUUUGGAAGAUAUCUUUAGUACUAUGAAGACUUUCCGGGACCUCUUCAUCAAAGCAUUGAAGGACAACAAGGAUCGAAAAGAGCAAGCCGCGAAGGCCGAGAAAAGGAAGAAGCAACUGGCAGAGGAAGAGGCAAAGAGGCAGAAAGGCGAAAACGGGAAGAUCAUUAAGAAAGGGGUUGUGAAGCAAGAGGAGGUGUGCGUGAUCGACGCUUUGCUGGCUGAUAUCAGGAAGGGCUUCCAGCUGCGGAAAACAGCCCGGAACAAGGCAGAAUCAGACACUCCAGCCAAAAGCUCAUCUGGACUGACUCAGAAGGGGAAAGAGAUCGGCAAAAGCAUUCCACCCACAAAAGACGCCAUGAAACCAGAGGCCAGUGCAGCCUCUCAAAAUAAUGCCCAAGGACAUUUAGAGAAAGCCGCUCAUCCAGAAGCUACAUCUCCUAAGGAGAAGCCAGAGGUCAUCUCAGAUGCAAGUCUGGUUCCCCACACGUCCUGCACUGCUGUUGGAAAUGGAGGGCUUUCUCCAGCCCAGCCCAGCGGUGAGAAGAACAUCUUAAAUAUCCUGGCAUCAGAAGCAGGCCCUGAGCCCAGUGGUGGAACAGAGCAAAACCAGAACAUUCUAUCUAGUUCUCAGGACCAUGUGGACUACAGCGAGUUAGCACUUUCUCAGUCAGGCUCUUUCAUAAAGUUCACUGGCACCAGUUCCAACAGCUCGGCCUGCUUAAAAAGCGAAGUGGAUCCUGUUGGUUCAGGAGAUCAGAUCAGCAGAACUGAGCCAGCUGGCUCCCAAAACACCUUUGAUUCAAAGGACCAACUAAGGAGUCAUAUUGGGAAAGAAAAUGGAAUUGAGGAAUUGCCAGGAAACACAAAAGGUCUGACAACCCUUGAGGUAACUCCUGAGGUAACAGAGCUUAUAACUGUGUCACCAGUCGAGGUGCUGAAAGAGAAUGAAGACCCGUCCGUAGACUCCUUGCUGGACACGUCUCAAGAGAGGUCGUUCUCGGAAGAGCCAGUAACAGAUUCUUCGUGUUCGGCGACGUUCCCCUCAGAAAACCCCCUUGCAGACAAGGACGGCCAAAGAGGUUCAGCGAAGAGAAGGAAGAAAAAGAGACACAGCAAAAGCCAUUCAGCAAUGGUUGACACUGAUUUAAAAGCUGCGGUUGAGACUGGAGAUAAUAAAUCAAAGAGAGGUUGUGAGUUGCAGUGAGGUGGUGGCUCCCGGCAGAAAAAAUGAAAUCCAAAGAAGCGUUUUCAGCGGUGUUGCAGUCCCUCUCUCGAAGGUGCGCCCGGAAUGAGGGCAGAGCCCAAAUUUGAUCUGGGGAGA